CAAGACGAUGAGGAUGGGGAGGGAGAAGAUGAUGCCGAAGUCCAGCAAGAAUGCCUGAAGAAAUUUUCAACUCCAGAUUAUAUAAUGGAGCCGUCUAUAUUUAACACCUUGAAGAGGUAUUUCCAAGCAGGAGGUUCUCCAGAGAAUGUUAUCCAGCUCCUCUCUGAAAACUACACAGCUGUAGCACAGACUGUAAAUUUGCUGGCAGAGUGGCUCAUUCAAACAGGUGUUGAGCCAUUGCAAGUUCAGGAGACUGUAGAAAACCAUUUAAAGAGCUUACUUAUCAAGCAUUUUGACCCUCGGAAAGCAGAUUCCAUCUUUACAGAGGAAGGAGAGACUCCAGCCUGGCUUGAGCAAAUGAUAGCACAUACUACAUGGAGAGAUCUCUUUUACAAGUUGGCAGAAGCCCAUCCUGACUGUUUAAUGCUUAAUUUUACUGUGAAGCUUAUAUCUGACGCUGGAUAUCAAGGGGAAAUAACCAGUGUUUCAACAGCAUGUCAGCAGCUCGAAGUAUUUUCUAGAGUCCUGCGUACGUCUCUGGCAACGAUUUUAGAUGGAGGAGAAGAAAACCUUGAAAAAAACCUCCCUGAGUUUGCUAAGAUGGUGUGCCACGGGGAACACACGUACCUUUUUGCUCAGUCUAUGAUGUCCAUGUUGGCUCAGGAGGAGCAAGGGGGGUCGGCUGUCAGACGGAUUGCUCAGGAGGUUCAGCGCUAUGCUCACGAGAAGGGCCACGAUGCCAGUCAGAUCACUUUAGCACUGGGUACUGCAGCCUCCUAUCCUCGAGCGUGUCAGGCCCUGGGUGCCAUGUUGUCCAAAGGAGCUCUGAACCCAGCCGAUAUCACUGUCCUGUUCAAAAUGUUUACAAGCAUGGACCCACCUCCAGUAGAACUGAUUAGAGUACCUGCCUUUCUGGACCUCUUCAUGCAGUCAUUGUUUAAGCCAGGUGCUAAGAUCAACCAGGACCACAAGCAUAAAUUUAUUCACAUACUGGCAUAUGCAGCCAGUGUAGUAGAGAUGUGGAAAAAGAACAAAAGAGUCAGCAUAAACAAGGAUGAACUCAAGUCAACUUCAAAAGCCAUUGAAACUGUUCACAAUCUGUGUUGCAAUGAGAACAAAGGAGCAUCAGAGCUGGUUGCAGAACUGAGCACUCUCUAUCAGUGUAUCAGGUUCCCAGUGGUAGCAAUGGGUGUGUUAAAGUGGGUUGACUGGACGGUGUCAGAACCACGGUACUUCCAGCUGCAGACUGAUCACACUCCAGUUCACCUGGCAUUAUUGGAUGAGAUCAGCACAUGCCAUCAGCUGCUUCAUCCCCAAGUUCUACAACUUCUUGUCAAGCUCUUUGAAACAGAGCAUUCACAGCUUGAUGUCAUGGAGCAGCUGGAGCUGAAGAAGACUCUGCUGGAUAGGAUGGUGCACUUGCUGAGCCGAGGGUACGUCCUGCCUGUCGUCAGCUACAUCCGCAAGUGCCUGGAGAAGCUAGAUACAGACAUUUCUCUCAUCAGAUACUUUGUUACAGAGGUGCUCGAUGUGAUUGCUCCUCCAUAUACCUCUGACUUCGUACAGCUUUUUCUUCCCAUCUUGGAGAAUGAGAGUAUUGCAGGUACUAUUAAAACAGAAGGUGAACAUGAUCCUGUCACUGAGUUUAUAGCUCAUUGCAAAUCUAACUUUAUUAUGAUGAACUAAGUGGUGGAAGAUGUCAAGAAUGCAGAGCACAUGAUCACAACUUUGCCAUACUCUCCAGACAGUAAGGUUCUAUAACUGGGCAACACGGCAGCAAAAACCACCCCAACAAAACCAAAACAAGGAAGAAAGGGCUGAAGGGCAUUUGACUGACAUGCAUGGUGACCUUGAGCUUCAUAUCAGAGGACUUUUGAUGUACUUUGGAAAAUGGAAUAGCACUGAAGGAUUUUCUCUUGUUACACAGAUCAGUAUAAAUCUGA